AUGGCUGAUGGCAACUUAGAUCAAAUCACUGACGAUCUGAAGUCAAUGCAAUUCGAUGACGAGGAAGCAUCAAAAUAUUUCAUUAAUUAUAUAAGUGAUGAUACAGAUCGUUUUAACGACAAUAAUAAUCAUUUGCAUCAUGAUAAUGAUGAUAUUGAUGUUCGAUCAUUGCCCAAUAGUCUUCUCGUAACUCCUGUGCCACAUGAUUUAUUUACAGAUCAACGAAUGAAAGAUGAAUUCGAACAAUUAUUUCGUAUCUAUGAUCCUCAUAUUAUUGUACUGUAUCUUAAAUUUUUUCAACGUGUGCGUAUCACAUUCACAUCAUCCCAAAAUGCUUUGCAAGCUCGAUUACAUUUUCAUCGAUACUCAUUUCAUGGUACAAUAAUAAAUACAUAUUUUGCUGGUCCAAUGGCAGAGUCGAAUGAAAAUCCUGAUAAACAUUUACGACCGCCUGAACCUGACAAACUCUAUCUUAUAUCACCACCAUGCAGUCCACCAAGUGAAUGGGAACAAAGAAUAGAAGCUCCACCACUUGUUGAUCUCAAUCUACUUGCAGCUAUUGCUCAAUUACAACCAAAUGAAUCUCAUCAAUUACUACCGCGCGAUCAUAAUACACAAACUCCAUCGAUUGUCAUCGAUACCUGUGAGGACUCUAACGACGUUGAAAUUAAUGAAAGUCUUCGAAAAAAAUUAAUUAGACCAAAAUUUGUACAAACCAGACGACCACUACAUGAUCAAGCUAAUGAACAUAUUUGA